AUGGAAGAUAUAAAUGAAUUUCUCCAACAACAAGGAUUGACUCCUUCAAGUUCAGAUUCAGAAAAACUACUUCAUUUAUGUACACAGUUACAGAAAACACAGGCUGAGGUUCAGAAAGCAGUUGAAAAUGAAGAAACCUUAAAGAAAUCCCAAGAAAAUGAAAUGAAAGAAGUAGAAGAUUAUGUUGAACAUAUCAGACGUCUUUCAGAUGAAAGAGAGGCUUUGAUUCAGGAACUAGAGGCUGAGAAUGAGGUUCUAAAGAAUAAUGGGGAAACUAAAACUGGUUCAGAUAGUUCUAAUGGUACUAAGUUGAAAAAUGAAACCAAAGAAAUGUUAAUACAGCAAGGUUUAGAUGAAAUAUCAAACUCUACUGUGAAUGAACAGAUAGCUUUCUUACUAGCAGAACGAGCUCGGUUAUUAGAUGAGUUAGAAUCAGAAGAGCAACAACCAACAGCAUCUGAUGCUGAUACAGCAAGAGAAUUGAAACAAAUACUAGAACGUGAACGUUCAACUUUUGAUGAACAGUUAACACACCAGAGAGCAUCCUCAACAUUAUUUGAAGAAAAAUUAAAACAAGAACAUGAAGAAGAAAUUCAUUGUUUAAUGGAAGAAAAUACACAAUUAGAGGAUGAUUUAGCAGAUGAACAAGCCAAGGUGAAAGCAUUGAAUAAAGAAUUAGAAAGAUUGAAAGAUGAUUUAGAAACAGAACAAAGGUUGCGUAUUAAAGAACGAGAAGAAAGAGAAACAAAAGAGAAAGAUGAUUCACCUAAAGAAAGUCCUAGAACAUUAUUUAACCGCCCCCCUAGUCCAGCCCGUACAUCCAGUGAUUUACAAUUGCGUAAAAUAAUAGAGGACAAAACUAAAUUAGAAGCUGAGUUAAUAUCGCUACGUUCACAGAUUAGAACAUUAGAGGAAGAAAAACGUAAUAAAGAUAAUGAGGUUUCCAAGACAUUCUCUGAUUAUGAAAAAAUUAGGAUGGAAAAUGAAAGAUUACAAGUUAAAAACAGUACAUUAAAAAGUCAUCUACAAGAAACCGAAUCUCUGCUAGAUGAAGCUGAUACUACAGUGGAAAAAUUAACAUCCAGCAAAGAUAGUUUAACUAAAAAAUUAGCUGCCAUGGAAUUAGAAUUACAGACAUUACAAGAUGAUGCUGAGAAAAGUUCCAGUUUAAAGGAAAUGGUGGAUGAAUUUUCUGUAGAGAAAAUACAAUUACAAAGUGAAAUUGACACUCUAACAAAGCGUUUAGAAAGUGCCUUAUCUGCAGAAGAUGAACUUUCUCAGGAGAAAAUGGAGUUGAUGUCAUCGCAAGAAGACAUGACUUUAAAAGUACAAGCUGCUCUCGAAGAAUUGAAUAAAUUAAAAUCAGAGCGUGAAACACUCAGGGAAGAAAACUCAGUGUUAAAUGUUUCUCAAGAAACACAGAUAAAAACUUUGAAUGAGUUACAAUGUGAAGUAGGAAGUUAUAAAUUAGACUUGAGUAAACUUUGUGAUGAGAAAAAUAACCUUGUAGAAGAACAUAAAAAUAGUAUUAAUAAAAUACAUCAAAAUCAUGAACAAAAAUCCACAAAACAAGAGCUAAUAAUACAACAUAUGAGAGACCAAAAUAAGAAACUAACAAGUCAAUUGGAUGAUUUGAAAGAUGAUAUGAAAAAAUUAAAAGAAGAACAAUCUGAACUAGUUGAGGAAAAGAAAUCUCUGCAGAUGUCUUCCCAAGAAGCUGAAAUGAGACAUGAUGUUGAAAUAGAGGAUUUACAAACAAAACUAAAAUUAACUCUAGAGGAACUAGGUAAAUCAAAAUCUGUGAUAGAACGAACUCUAACAGAAAAACAGGAUCUAGUCAGUCAAUUAUCCAAAUCCGGUGAAUUAGAUGUACAAAUUACAAAUACAGUUGAAGAUUUACAAUAUGAACUGAGAGAAAAAAGAAAACAGGCAGCACUGUUUGAAGAUGAGAGAAAUCAAAGAAUUGACUUAGAGAAAAAACUUUGUGAAUUCAAUAAUUUAGAAAGUGAAAUAUUUACUGUACGAGAAGAAUGUGAAAAUGAAAGUAGGUUGAAAAUUGAAAUGAUGGAGAAAUUCAAACAAAUGGAAGAAUUAUAUGAAGAUCAAAAGAUAGAACUUGAAAGUGUCAAAAAAACAUUAGAAAGCAAGAUAAAAAGCUUAGAGUGUAGAAAUGAAGAAUUGGAAGAAGAUUUAUUUAAAAUAACUGAUGAAUUACAAACAGCUCAAGAAAACUCUGUCAAGGCAGAGAAGGAGCUUCAAGCUACCAAAGUAGACUUACAAGAAAAAUCAGCAGUGAUGGUGGAAAGUAGUAAACCGCUUCAUAGUGCAAUACCUAAUAGAGUUUCUGAUAAUCUGCUUACAGGAAAUAAGGUGGAAGAAUUGGAAACGCAGCUAGACAUGCAGUCAAAAGGAAUAAAAAGUUAUCAGAAACAGAUAAAAGAGUUGAAGGAUAAAUAUGAUAACCUUACAAGUGAAAUGACUACAGUAAACCAGGAAUUAGAUUUAACUAAAAGCACAAUGAAUUCUUAUAAAACUAAAAUUGAGAAGUUAGAAAUUGAAUGUGAUACAACACAGGAGUUGAUGACAUCUCAAUCAAAAGUGAAAAAAGUAAACUUUCAAAAUAAACUCUUCCAAAAGAAUGGUAGUGAUGAAACAGAUGAUGGCGCUCAUUCUAAUAAUGUAGAUAUUGACACUUUGAUGAUAGAAAACCAGAACUUAUCCCAAACUUUACACUCCGUACAACAUGAAUUGCAGCAGACACAACAAGCUCUUCAGCAAGAAAAAACAACUAGUAAUAUCAAGCAUCAGACCACAAUGAAUUAUUCUGAAGAAGAAAGACGGACACAUCUUAAUCGAAUCACAUCUCUGGAAGAAAUCUCUCGCCAAUUAGAAAUAGAUAACAGAGAUAUGGCUAAGAAGUUAUCAGAAACAAUGAGUGGAAGUGAAGAAUCUUGUGACUCUUUACAAAGAGAACAAUUAAGAAAUACAAAUCAGCUGGGUAAUAGACAGAAAAAACAACUUGAAGGUGAAUUAGAAACAGCUAAUAGACAGAUCAGAUCUUUAAGAGAAGACCUACAUCAAGAACAAGCUAAAGUUUUCCGACUAGAGGCAGAGAAUGUAGGACAAAAGGUUUAUUCAGAUGCAAAGUAUGACAGUAUAGUUAAAAGACUAGAAACUGAAGUAGCUGAUAUGAAAGAAUUUCAUCGUAAAGAAAUUGAUAGUAUUACAAGUAAAUUAGACACAGCUCUAACAGAAUGUCAACAAUUACAGAUACAAAUACGAGAGAGAGAACAGGAAAUAGUUACUCAAGAAAAUGAAACUGCCAGGAUGAAGUCUUUGUUAGAUAGGUCUGAAGCUCAAAUAGAAACUGAAAUUAAAUUACGUAGUAGCAUGGAGAAUAGAAAUAAACAACAAGAACAGGAAAUGAUUAAGGUUUGGACUCAAGUGCGAUCUAUGAUGGAAAAAUGUUCUAAUUUAGAAAAUACAAAACAUUGUCUGGAAGAAGAGUUGAGUCGUUUGACCUCGUCUUCACGCCAAUCAGAAAUGAUUAAUGUCCAGAAAUCAGCUAAUCAAGAAGCUAAUAUAACAUCAUUAGAAAUGAGAUCCGAACAAGCAGAAAGAAAGAAUGAAAGAUUACAGAGAGAACUAGAUGAAGUAAGUAAUAAUCUAAAGAAUAUGGAAACGAAAGCUAGGCAGUCUGAAUCUAAUAUCUUAGAAAUAGAAGAUCAAAAAGAUCAUUUGAUACAGUUAAAAAAUCAACUGGAAAGUGAAACAUUACAGCGAACAUUAUUAGAUCAAACAGUGAUAGAAUUAAAACAUCAAGUGUCUGUAUUAAAACAACAUGAAAAUAAAGUUUCUAGUGAAAAUAGAAAAUUACAACAUUCUAUAUUAGAUUUAGAAUCUCAAUUACAAAGAUUACAAGAUGAAAAAGAUUUUCAACCGAACAACACAAUGUCAGAAAAUGGUAAACAGAAUUUAAUGGAACAGAUUUUACGACUACAGAAAGAAGUCAAAGAUUUACAAUAUGAACUGUUAUCAGCUAAUGAAAAACAAGAGAUGCAUGAAAAACGAUACGAAAACCGUAAAUUAAGAACUAAAGAAAAGUUAUUAAAAGCAAGAGAGUUUUAUAGUGAUGAACGAUCCAGAUUACAUGAUCAGAUGCAAGUUAUGGAUGAAGAAUUGAGAAUAUCUAGAUCUACAUUAAGAAAAGAAGUAGAAUGGAGGGAUAAAAUAGAUACUAAUUAUAAACAUGUAUUAAAAGAAAAACGGGAUUUGAUAUCAAAGUUAACAGAGCACGAAGAGGUCUUACGAGAUCGCACACGUUCUCUGUCUGUGAUACAAGUCCGUUUAAAAUAUGUGGAGGAGGAGAAUCUACGAUUACAAGCCCAUAUAGAAUCCCUCAACAAUCAAAGAUUAACUAUGGAGAAAAUAUCAAAGACUUCUAAACAGUGGUCAACUUAUGUCAUUAAUUAUUAA